UUCGUAAAGCACGACUAGUUUUAUAGUUUAUUUAAUCCAAUAGCCACAACUGGCUGCCCUCUUUUCCGCUCAGUAUUUGGUGUGGCAGUAAGAGUUUUCAUGUCAAGCGUGCCACAUGACUCAGCUAACAAAGUAAACGAUCAGGUAAACGAUCGAUAUUUUUUCCAUUUAAUCAACGACUAAAAAACAAGCACAACGAAGGGAAAUGAUUUGUAUAAGCAGCGUAAGAAAUUUUUCAUUUAGGCUACUUUGCCUACAUUUACUGUUAUGCGUGCACGACUCACAACCGGCUUCAGUGCCGCAAGUGCAAUUGUACGAGCAAAAAAUAUCGCAGAGUAACGACACCGUCUAUGUGCGUGACGUAAUGCGGCAGGCAAAAGCGGCGGAAAUGCGCAACUACAUGCAGCCCGAAGUGGACGCUUGUGACGACUUCUUUCAGUACGCUUGCGGUAAUUGGGCAAAAAUCAAUCCGACAGAUGCGCGCAAUGUGUUGGAGACAAACUUUUUUGCCUUGCUAGUCAGCACCUACAAUCAAAAACAGCUGAAAGUAUUGACGGAGGAGGCACACGCUGACGACGAUGCCGCUACAGUGCAGCUGAAGACUUUCUUUGACGCUUGCCGGCAGUUGGAUGACAAGCAAAGGGAACGCUACAAGCUGAAGUUGUGGGAGGUGGCCGAGGAAUUUGGGCAAAUGCCAGCGCUCAUGCCGGAAGGUACAUGGGAAGCCGGCGAAUUCGAUUGGUUGGCGACCAUCGCGCGAAUACAACACAAAUAUGGACUGGACAUAAUACUGCAGCUGGGAAUGCGAGAGGACUUUGUCAAUAAAACAGUGAGUAAACUUUUCAUUGGUCAGCCAACGUUGGCGCUGCAAAGCAGAGCGAUGUAUAAAAGUCAGGCAACAAAGUGGCAUCGCGACAAGUAUCAGGAGGAGAUAGAGCAAUCGCUGCAAAAGUAUUUGGGCAUCAAAGACGACGUAGCCAUAAAGACUGCACGCCAGAUACUCUACUUUGAAUCACGCUUGGCCGAUGGCAUAAUGGAUAGGAGAUUGGGUAAAACACUGCGAUCCAUGGCUGUGCUGCGGACCAUCGAUGAAAUGCUAGCGGCGUACGAGGGCGCCAUAGAUGUGCGUGCGUACAUGAAUAUCAGCUUGGGAGAGGCGUUCAACGAUACAUUCUACGAAUAUCAUGUGGAGUACCAAAGGAAUUUGGUGCAAAUGCUUAAGGAGAUACCCAAAGAGCAAGUAGCUAAUUAUGUCAUUUAUCAAUUACUUAAGACUUUCUUUUUCGAUUAUGAGGCAACGAAUAGCGCGAAGGAGAAACUAUGCUUGGACAAGACGAAACUCUAUUUCGCCAAAGUGCUGGAUAACAUCAUCUACCGCAAGUAUAAUAGCGGCAGCACAGUAGCGGAUAUAAAUCUCAUUUGGCUAAAAAUAAGAGAGAUUUUCCAAGAAGAACUGGAAUCGGAUAGCUUAAAGUGGAUAUCGGCAAUGACACGCAAAGUGGCGCUAGAGAAGUUAGCCGCCAUGCGUUUAGAAAUCAACUCAUACGAAACAUCUAAAUUCGCUGAAGAAUUCAAGGAACUAGCGCUGAGCCACACUGACUACAUUGAAAACAUAAAACAAGUACUCAUACAUAAAACCAAGCAAGGCUUGGCCAAUCUGCGCCAGGUACCGAAACCAAUGGAAAUGCCGGUGGCGCUCUCAAUCUCUCCCGCCUACAUUGGCAAAGAGAAUUUAAUAAAGAUUCCGGUUAUGUUGUUGCAACCCAACUUCCUUUGGUCUGAUCAUUAUCCGCACGCGCUUAAAUUUGCCACACUGGGCUACUUGGUGGCGCACGAAUUGAUUCACGGUUUCGACGAUAUGGGGCGCAAUUUCGAUGCUAACGGCACUGAGCAAUCCUGGUGGGACAACAAUUCCACCGAAGCUUUUAAUGAGCGAAAAAAAUGUUUCAAACGACAAUAUUCACUGUAUCGCUACAACGGCAAAUAUCUGCCACCGAGCGAGCUGCAGGCCGAAAAUAUCGCCGAUAAUGGUGGCAUACAGCUCGCCUACAGCGCAUAUCAGAAAUGGCUUGCAAGUCUAAACGACACCGCUUUGGUCGGGCGCAAACAGCUGCUGGCGUUGGAGACAUUGCCAAAUUUGAACUUCACAAAUCAUCAGCUAUUUUUCCUUGCCUUCUCGCAAUAUUGGUGCAAUGAUGUGGAUGAGCGUUAUAGGGACAAAGUUUCAUUGAUAAGUAUACAUGCGCCAGCAAAGUAUCGCGUGAUUGGCUCUUUGGCGAAUUUCCAAAGUUUCGCUGAAAAGUUUCAAUGCGCCAGCGGCACCAACAUGAAUCCAAAGCGGAAGUGCAAAAUUUAUUGAGAAUGAAUCUACUUUUCGUUGUACUUAAAUGCAUUGGUGUAUAGCAAUACAGACAUUUAUGUGUAUGUACCUUAGUUGUAGUAUUAGUUUGUAAGCAUUUCAAAUGUCACAGCAAAUGCAGGUAAGGGAAUUGGUAGAUAAAUAAAAAGGAAUUUAAUAUUUAC